AUUCACCGUACUGAGAAGCAGAGAUAGCAAAAAGCGCAGGGCGUUGAACAAGGUGGAUUAGUAAGAUUCCGGAUAAACCUCGCCGGAUAAAUAUCCAUUAACGUGAAGGAUCAAAAACGUAGCAGUGGCUGGUGAAUUGUUUUGAUACGCAACUAGUGCGAAGAAUAGCCUGCUGGGGGACUGAUUAGUUGGCUUCUUGUAUGUGAGAUCAGUCAACCAACCACGGCGAGAUGUCGCAGGAAAAAAUCACCCUUGCGGACGCAUUGUCCAACGUUGAGGUGCUCGAUGAGCUGCCGCUACCGGAUGAGCAGCCGUGCAUCGAAGCACAACCUUGCUCCGUGGUUUACCAGGCCAACUUCGAUACAAACUUUGAGGAUCGGAACGGAUUUGUUACGGGCAUCGCUAAGUAUAUCGAGGAGGCGACUACUCACGCGAAUCUGAAUCAACUGCUAGAUGAAGGCCAGAAGCACGCAGUGAUGCUGUACACCUGGCGGUGUUGUUCACGCGCAAUCCCUCAACCAAAAUCGAACGAGCAACCCAACCGGGUAGAAAUCUAUGAGAAGACAGUGGAAGUGCUCAGUCCGGAGGUGAACAAACUGCUGAACUUCAUGUACUUCCAACGCAAAGCGAUCGAGGCAUUCUCAGGCGAGGUAAAACGAUUGUGUCACGCGGAAAAGCGCAAAGAUUUCGUUUCGGAGGCAUAUCUGUUAACACUUGGCAAAUUUAUCAACAUGUUCGCUGUGCUGGACGAGCUGAAGAACAUGAAGUCAAGCGUAAAGAACGAUUACAGCACCUACCGGAGAGCGGCCCAGUUCCUCAAGGUGAUGACGGAUUCACACAGCUUGCAAGAGUCCCAAAACCUUUCAAUGUUUCUCGCGACGCAAAACAAAAUUCGUGAUACGGUUAAAGACACACUAGAGAAAAUAUCUGGCUACGAGGAACUGUUGUCGGAUGUGGUUAACAUUUGUGUGCACAUGUACGAGUCCAAAAUGUACAUGACACCGGAAGAGAAGCACAUGCUGGUGAAGGUGAUGGGGUUCGGGCUGUUCCUGAUGGACUCGGAGUUUUGCAAUAUAAAUAAACUAGACCAGAAGAAGAAAUUAAGGCUCGACAGGAUCGAUCGAAUCUUUAAGAACCUGGAAGUGGUGCCACUGUUCGGGGACAUGCAAAUCGCCCCAUUCAAUUAUAUCAAGCGUAGCAAACACUUCGAUCCCAGCAAAUGGCCGUUAUCGAGCUCCGUUGCGAUAAGCCCGCAGGCCGAUCUAAUGGUGCAUUUACCAACGAUUCGUGAAGACCAUGUGAAGUACAUUUCGGAAUUGUCGCGCUAUAGUAACGAGGUGACAACGACGUACAAAGACAACGCGACGGAUGCGGAAAACAAAGCGACCGCAGAUUUGGCACUUCGCGGACUGCAGCUAUUGUCCGAGUGGACGUCUGUCGUAACUGAGCUGUACUCGUGGAAGCUACUUCAUCCAACCGAUCACCAUCAAAACAAAGAAUGCCCGGUGGAGGCAGAGGAGUACGAGCGAGCUACUCGCUAUAAUUACAGCGAAGAUGAGAAAUUCGCCCUGAUCGAGGUAAUCGCCAUGAUCAAGGGACUUCAAGUGCUGAUGGCACGUAUCGAGACAGUUCUGUGCGAGGCGAUUCGGCGCAGUAUCUACGCGGAGUUGCAAGACUUUGUGCAACUGGUACUGAGGGAGCCACUGCGCAAAGCGGUGAAAAACAAAAAGGAUCUAAUACGUUCAAUCGUUAUGUCGGUGCGCGAGACGUGUGCCGACUGGCAGAAAGGGACAGAACCGUCGCAGGAUCCGGCACUAAAAGGCAAGAAGGACCCGGACAGCGGCUUUCCCAUCAGCGUACCGCGGCUGAAUGUAGGUCCUUCAUCAACACAGUUGUAUAUGGUGCGCACAAUGUUGGAGUCCCUAAUCGCUGAUAAGUCGGGAGGCAAACGAACACUCCGCAAAGAUAUAGAUGGCUCCUGCUUACUACAGAUCGAUACAUUCCACAAAUCUUCUUUUUACUGGACUUACUUGCUGAGCUUUAGCGAAACGUUACAGAAGUGCUGCGAUCUGUCACAGUUAUGGUACCGAGAAUUUUAUCUCGAGAUGACAAUGGGUAGAAAGGUGAACAAAUGCACCGUUCGACAUCAGCACAACGAAGAAUGCAGUGAUCUUAUAACGAUGGAGAAACGCAUUCAGUUUCCGAUCGAAAUGUCGAUGCCCUGGAUUCUGACCGAUCACAUUUUGCGUACUAAGGAACCGUCAAUGAUGGAAUACGUACUGUAUCCGCUCGAUCUGUACAAUGAUUCCGCUCUGUAUGCGCUCACAAUCUUUCGCAAGCAGUUUUUGUACGACGAGGUCGAAGCGGAGGUAAAUCUUUGUUUCGAUCAGUUCGUUUACAAGCUAAGCGAGCAGGUAUUUGCCCACUAUAAACAAUUAGCCGGCAGCAUCUAUCUCGACAAGCGCUUCCGCGUCGAGUGCGAGGUGUUGGGUUUCAAUUUUCAAUCACAUCCUCGCAACAAUCGCUAUGAAACGUUGCUGAAGCAGCGUCAUGUUCAGCUGCUUGGCCGAUCGAUUGAUCUCAAUAAGCUGAUCACCCAGCGCAUCAACGCGGACAUGCAAAAGAGUCUCGAGUUGGCGAUCUGUCGCUUCGAAGCAAGUGACAUUACCGGUGUUGUUGAGCUAGAGGCACUGCUCGCUGUAAAUAAGCUUUGCCACAAGCUGUUGUCCAAAUGGCUCGCGCUUGACGACUUUGACGCUAUGCUGAAAGAGGCAAACCAUAAUGUGCUCGCACCGUACGGCCGCAUUACGUUGCACGUUUUUGUCGAGUUGAAUUAUGAUUUUCUUGCCAAUUAUUGUUACAAUGCUGCCACCAACCGGUUUGUGCGCAACAAGCUGCAGAUCUCCUUCUCGGGACCAAUCACACGCGAAAAGGCUCCCGUCAUGUCUCACUACUACCUGUGGGGCUCAAAGCCGCUUAAUGCGGCUUAUACAACACAAUACGGCCAAUACAGUGGGUUCGUAGGGGCGCCUCAUUUUCAUGCAAUCUGUCGGUUACUGGGUUACCAGGGAAUAGCGGUCGUGAUGGAAAUCAUUCUGAAGGACAUCGUAAAGCCACUGGUACAAGGCAAUCUUCUGCAGUUCACUAAGACGUUGAUGUCGGCGAUGCCAAAGAUGUGCAAGCUACCGUUGUGCGACUACGGUUCGCCGGGUGUACUGAGUUACUAUCAGGCUCAUCUUGUCGACAUCGUCCAAUAUCCAGACGCGAAAACCGAACUGUUCCAGUCAUUCCGCGAGAUGGGUAAUUCGAUGCUGUUCUGUCUGUUAAUUGAGCAAGCUUUGUCGCAGGAAGAGGUGUGCGACCUUUUGCAUGCGGCACCCUUCCAAAACAUUCUACCCCGUCCGUUCUGUAAAGACGGCGAAAAGCCAGAGAGUAAACAGAAGCGGCUCGAGGCAAAGUAUGCUUCACUACAAAUCGUCCCUAACGUGGAGAAGUUAGGUACAGCAAAGCAAGCUAUGAUAGCUCGUGAAGGAGAUCUUCUGACGCGUGAAAGGUUAUGCUGUGGAUUGAGCAUAUUUGAAGUUAUAUUGGGUCGUGUUAAGUCUUUUCUUGACGAUCCCAUUUGGGCUGGACCGCUUCCGAUCAACGGUGUUAUGCAUAUCGAUGAAUGUUCGGAAUUUCAUCGCCUGUGGUCGGCACUUCAGUUCGUUUACUGCAUCCCAGUAGCCGGCACCGAAUACACGGUUGAAGAACUGUUCGGCGAGGGCCUACAUUGGGCUGGGUGUACCAUCAUUGUGUUGUUGAACCAGCAGCGCAAGUUUGAGGCAUUGGAUUUCUGUUAUCAUAUACUGCGCGUCCAGCGGGUUGAUGGUAAAGAUGAUACGGUAAAAGGAAUUAAUUUGAAACGAAUGGUCGAUCGCAUACGACGCUUCCAGGUACUGAACUCUCAAAUCUUUGCCAUUUUGAACAAGUACCUUAAGAGCAAUGACAUUGAAGGAUCCAACGUAGAGCACGUCCGAUGUUUUCCACCUCCGCCUCAUCCAAGCGUUGCUCCAUCGCAUUAUCAUGACCCGAACAAGCUGCGCACACAGUAGGUGCAUCUUCGAGCGAUAGCGAUUCUCAAAUGAGUGUUCCACUCCAUGAUAUUGCCCUUUGGGACUCAAUUGGAAAUUGUGCAUGCAAAAAGGGCUAAUCCAUUUUCAUUAUUUUCAUUUUAUAUUCCUUUCUGAUUGGGAUGAUUGUUUACGAUAAUAUUUGCGUGAAUAGCCUAUCUGCUAGAAGAUGUGUCUAAUUUGAUUGUUAAGUAUUCCGCUAAAUAUUAUAGCGGCUAUGAUUAAGCGCGUUAUAUCGAAGCCAGAACAGAAACGUCACAUUCAUUAUUUAAAGAAAGUUCGGCAAAAAGAACAUUACGACAGGAGUAAGUUACUGUCCAAUGCAACAGAUGGGAACGAGCAUAGCACAACAUAUUUCACAAGGCUAUCCUACGCGGAAAAAAAUGUGCAUCGUUAAAUUACGCGGAUUGUCUGUGCCAGUGCGAUGGAUAUACAUCACAGGCGCAAUUGUCUGGCUUAUCGACACUUUAACAUUUGAUUUUUGAUAGCUUAUUGCCUUUAGCCUCAAAUAGUGAUUGGCAUUUUCGCAUUUAUUUGUCAUUGUGGUUUUUCUAAUUUUUUUAUAGACAUUCGUAGUUUUAUUGAAACACACUAUUUAAAAGAUUAAUUCAUUCUAAGAUCACGUAUGCCAAAAGUGUACGCAAAAAUGUGGCGACCGGCCACGGUGGUGGUCGAAACUCCGGAUCCUUUUUCCUUGCCCGGAAUAGAAUCUAAUCGACCAAACGCACUUAGGAAAUCGCUGUGGCAUGGUUUUGGGCAACAUAAUAAUAUAAUUAAUAUAAAACAUGCAAUAUUGAAGUAGGUGUAGGUGACAAAGUAGACGAAGAUGAAUGAUAAUGAAAGCUAUGAUGAUUGUAUAUGACCGGGUCACGCCGAAACGGUAGCGCGGCGCUGAAAAAGCGUAUUACAUUCACAAGCAGUACACGCCAAAAGUCCUCCUAAUCUAUACCCCUCCCCUUACUGCUACGAAAAGUGAACGUAUUAAACUAAAUGUUGUGUAAACAUCCAAAUUACGAAUAAACAUACUCAUUUACUCAU